CACGAAUAGUCGAAUACUCUCACGCCCAAUCUCGUCGCCCCCAAACCAAACCCCCAUCUAUCCCUUCCUCCCUCCCGAGCAGCCUCCUCGCCGACGAGAGGGGCGGAGAGCUUUUCCACAAGGUCGGGAAGAAGGAUGGGCGAGUUCGACGAUUACUGGGCGCGGGCGUACAGGGGCGACCCCGCGGUGCCGCACUCCGACCCGCAGCGGCUGAUCUCCACCUGGACCGGCGCCUUCGCCCUCGGCGCCGCCGCCUGCGUCCACCACCACGUCACCGGCCUCGCCUCCAACCUCAAGUCCCUUCCCCACACCUGGCAAGACAUGACAAUGAUGCUCGAUCAGAAGCGCUGGAAGAAAAUUCUCGACAAGAAGCAGCAACAAGCUUAAGUUCCAUAAUCUUGGCCGCUUGGGCCACAGUUGGAAGAGCUUUCUACCUGGCUGCUGGGCAUGGCAGAUAGAGUUUUCUUUCUACCUCUUGUUUCCUUCCGUAGUGUUGGAACCUCAUUCUUGAAGUUGAACGUGUAACGGGAUUGUAUUGAUCUGCUGCUGCCAUUGUGAUGUCCUAUUAAACAGCACCUCAGAUGACAUUUAGUUAUCGAGAACGUGGCGUAUUUUGGUGA